UUUAGGAUCGCGGCGAUCAGCUGGUGACACAACAUGGCGAGCACGCCGUCUAUCACUCGGCCGAUUUAAAUCGAGACACCGGGCGUCCAGAAACGGAGUCGCGCAGUUAUUUGCACUUGCCGACGGCGUGAACGACGACAUCGGCGACGACGACGACGGCGGACGGCGUGGCGCGUGUCGGCCGGAUUUUUUAAUAGACGCGAAGGAAGAGCGUGUGUCCGCAACCACUUCGUUGUACGCUUUGUCGCUUGAAUCAUCGUCGUGAAGCUACGCCGCUGAUAUGCGGGAGGCAACGUACGUUUUCAACCACAUUGCGUCACAUCUGACGGCAGAAGCAUCAAAAUCGUUCGAUUUUCAGAGCUCUUAAUCAACUCGAACGUUCUGCGAGAAGAGCAAUCAAUUCGCACGCCAUUAUCCUCGGACAAAGCUGCAUUUGGACUGAGACGUCUUCUCGAACACGUGGAAGUAUUUGGAGUGGAUUCGACAGAUUGGAAAUCGCGCGGACAUUUCUUCGCAAGGACAUCCAGAAAUCGAUCUGGAUAUAAAUCAACCACGAUUCGGCGACUGGAAAUUUGAGAGAUGCUUUAGCAAGGAUGUCGUGCUGACUUCGCGUCGUAACAGUAGUCGUUUAGCAUCACGAAUGUACGUUCGGUACACAAAGCCCUGACAGCGAGACGUGACAGCUGCCUUAAAUUUUCAAGAUACGUGACAGCCCGAAUUACGUAAAACAGGAACGCUUUAUCGCUAUUCACCUACAAGUUGUAUCGUAUAUUUGUGCACCCGUGUAUGCGUUAGCAUAUCUCUAUAAAAUCUGCUCCGCGAAGUCUCUUAAGCAGUUUUUCCGAGAUCACACGAUCGAGCGGCUGUUCCAGAAACGAAUUGGCCAUCGUUUAUAAUUUUCGGCAUGCGAUAAAAAACUUUUGAAGUAUCCGGGACAAUUAAAUUGGCAUUUCUAAACAGAUUGUGUGCAAGUUUGUGUGAAUAAUAUAAAAAGAAAAGUACGUGGCGUGCGUAACGGAAUUUCAAUUUCAACCAAAGUAUCGAAGCUAGAGAUCAAAAUGAUAAACAACCAGCAUUGUGUGAUUCUCAAUACCGGCGAGACUAACAGUUAUCAUCAACCAGUCUCGGCCAAGCCCUCCGUCGUCUCUGUAUCGAGCAUCGACUCCGAUGUCAGCGACAGGAGGGACGUACGCGAGGAAUUGUACGCCGGGAUCUUUAGGAGGCACAGAAAAACGAUAUUGGUACUAGGCAGUUUUCUCAAGAUGCUAAGAAAAUAUUUGGACAGAUUGCAUGCUCUGAGCCGAAUAUAUGCCUUAAUUGCUUUAAGAACCGAGGCACACCAAAAAUUUUGGUAAAACUCGCGCUGUUCUUCUGCAUUUCACACCGUGCAUUGUACACUUGCAUUUUGAAAUUUUUACGUCUCUUUCAAUAUGCGUCGUCUCAUGUCCGAUAUUAAAGUGCAACAUUUAUGUUUUAACAAUGUGAUGUUAAACACUUUACGCUUUCACGAUACGUAUAUCGAGUAUAUAUAUAUAUGUUUAUAUAUAUAUAUAUUCUUUUAUAGAAUUUUAAACAAACUCUUUCUGUUCAGGAUUGUCUUUAACGUUGCAAAGACAAAAUGGACCAUUCAAAUCGGUCAAUACCUUAAUGUAUACUGCAAUUAUACUAUCUGUGUUAUUGUUGACGAGCUUAAUAUUAUCAAAGAGAGAUAUAUAACUGAAAGCGUAUGUAUAACAGUAUAAGAUUUGUAUAAUAGAUAUGGACUAAUGCGAGUAUUGCGAUACACCGGCGUAAGUGGAAACUUGGGGGAGAGUAAACUUGUACAUAUUAUCUUUUUGCGUGUUGAUUUUUUGAGAUAGCGCUAGCAAGAGUACGAAAUACACGCUAACAUCUUGUAUGCGUGGCUUAGACGCGAAUAGAGUAGAUUUUUGCCUUGUAUUCAACUUCAGAUUGACUGUCCGAUUUUUUUAAUCGACCAACAAGCUGCUCGAACAGCUGCAGAUUUCCUCAGUCUCAUUGUACGCGAAUAUCCAGCGCGUUCGAGUGCCAUAAUUUAGCUAGCGCCACUUCAAGGUUGACGAACAACAAGAUUUACACAUUUCACUCUCUUCCAAAAUUGUUCCGCUCGUCCCGGUGUACCUUGCAUGACCUAUUGUUCGAUGAUUUGAUGUUUUUUCUACUCUCUUUUAUCGGUUGAUCGUUCGAUUAAUCACCAAUAUUUACCGAGCUCAUUCGACCGCUCUUCGUUGUCCAUAUCUAAAUCCUUUUUGUACGAUUUGCGUCUUUACAUCAGAUACUGCCAUUAGAGAGACUAAAUUACAAUAUACACAUGCGAAUUAGCGAGCAGUUACGAAAAAAAAAAUAAAAGGAUUGUGCGUCUAACAAUUUCCUGAGGCACACUUGAAGCAACAAAUUCUUGAAUGAGUAUCUACUUGAUAAGCCAAAUGCGUCUCUGUACUUAGCCGUACCACUCGCUGUCGUAAGACUGAAAAAAUGUGCUCUUUUAGAACAUCAAACGUGCCAUACUGUCUUAGAGAAAGCGUCGGAGAAGGAGGACCUCUUGCAUAUUUAUCAACUUUUCAAUUGCAGUUGAUCUCCCGACGCGUAUUAUGAUGCGAAGCAUAUCCGUGCGUACUGUUUGCGUACUUCGCAAACGGCGACGCACAUCGCAACCGCGUUCUGUACUUAGGUCCGAGAUUACGGCCGGAUCGGAAGAUCAAGGUGGCUACGGUUAUAGAGAUCGAUCAAAGAAAUCUGUAAGGCUGUAAGUCAUUCGCGCGAUCUAUUUAAGUAUUGUGCAUACCGUUAUAUAUAUGUAUUGCGAUUACAUAGCGUUAAAGAUUAUUUGAAACUUGAAGAAAAAAAAUAUGUACUUGGAAGCUGCGUACAAUGGUUUCUACGAACUGAGAAACAAGAAACAUUCUACCGCCGCCUUACGCAGCCGCUUGUGACCAAUUUUUAAGUAGAGCCCAAAAUUUGUAUAUCGAAUUGCUUCGUCAGCGCUUUGCAUAUAUAUAUAUAUUUAAGUGCCGCGCGAUGUAGAGUGCUGCGCUAAUUAUUGAAAUGAGAUUUUCAUUGAUAAAUAAAGAGGGGGGAAAGCGAGCGAGGGGGGUAUUUGGUCCGCAUUCGAUCGUCGAGACUCUACGUGAUUUUUGUAACGAGUAAAUAUGUCCUAAAUGCGUUAUUGUGUUGGAUGAGAAGAAGUUUGUAUUAUCACUUUGUAUAAUUAGAGCGUAUCAUUAGAACGUAUCACACGAGGAAUUAUGUAUGUGGAAGGAAACAUACAAUAAAAUAUUCAUAUUAUGUUUAAUAAGUCUUCAGAUUCGCCGCCUUUCGCCGUAUCGAGCGUUAUUAAAUCGCAUUAGACUGUGAAGAGAACUUUAUACAAUUACAGAAAUGAUGAAAUCUUACCUUGCUGAACUGCCCUAAUACAUACUUCAGGAUAUUGGGCGGCACAUCGUGCAGCAGAGGCUCGAGAGCCUCGAUAUACACGCACUUUUGCAAGACUUGCUUCAGCGCUGCGUUACACUUCGCCUUGAGAUCCUCGGAGCUCUUCGGAUCGUUGUGCAACUACACGAGAUCGUAAUUUACAAAAUAAAAUGACACUGGGCCAAUUUUCA